AUGAGACACUAUCUCUUUCUUGUAUGGGAUGGUAGUGGGUUAGUUGAGAUGGAUGAGAAUAAAAAUGGUCAAGAAAUACAUCAUGUUUGUGAGCUCAAAGUAGCAGCUAUAAGACAUAUGACAGAACAUCUUGAAAUCGAGCUUGCAGCUAAUAACUUGCAUCAUGUUAUGCGAGUUGUUGAUAAUACAAAGCAUUUGUUCACAAUAUUAGAUGACAUCGAGACAGCGCAACGUAGAUUAGAUGGCUACGUGAUCGAACAUGACGUGGAUCAAAAUCAUGGACAUUAUUUUUACAAUA